GAGAAGGAUCUUAUCACGGCAAGCAUGAAAACACUAACAGCUCUUAUUAGCAGGUUUAAUCCUUCCGUGCAGAAUUACUCUUCCCUUCGAAACAGCAGCGCAGUGCCAAGAAGUGGGACCCUAGAUCUCUUAGAUCAAGCUAAAGAAAUUGUGAAGAACAUGAAAGGGAGCCAGCAGACAGAUUACCAACAUGACUGGAAGCUCAUCACAAUUUUCCAUCCAUGUCCUUUCCAAGCGUCCAUCUCUCAGACAACUUCCCACCUUGACAGCAUAAAACAACUUGAAGAAGUCUUGGAUUUUUUAUAUGAAGAAAUGCCCAAAGUUUUUGUAAACCUGGUGGAUUCUCCUCUGCUCACAGUCUCACCUCUUCCACACAAUGAUCAGAAUUAUGUCAGGGAUAUUCUCCUCAAGCCAUGCCUUUGUCCCAACAAUUGUUCCAGUCUGGAGGUGGCUGUGUGGAGAUGGUCCUAUCAGAAUUCUUUGGAAAAUCUGCUGGCAUCAAGGAAGUAUGGCCAGAAGGAUGAUUUUGCCGUGGUUCUCCAGACUUCUCUCCAAGAAGCAAAUAUGCCUCUUGCAAAAGGCAGGCGAGAUAAUGACUAUUCCGCAAAAAAGGCUUUUAUGAAAAACAAAUUUGCUGUUCUCGGAGUUGGACUCUGGAACAAUAUGCUGUUACCAGAUGGACAGAAGCAGCCCUAUUAUCUUGCAGAGAUGCCCGAGGUGCGAUGUCCUUCUCAGGAGAAUCCAUACUUCUUCACAUUCAAGAAUAGCAACUACUCAUCUUUUCCUGUGGAGCCACGAACCAAAACAGUGUCUCAACAAAGGAGCUUUGGGACGGACAUUCCAUGUAUAGACCGCAACCCCUCAGACACAAUUCCUGCCUCAGUUCAUAACUUGAGGCCAGCAGACAUUAAAGUUAUAGGCGCCCUUGGGGACUCAAUAACUGCAGGAAAUGGAGCGGGUUCUUCACCAAACAAUGUCCUAGAUGUUCUGACACAGUAUCGAGGCCUUUCAUGGAGUGUUGGUGGAAAUGAAAACAUAAGCACAGUCACAACAUUAGCAAAUAUUCUUCGUGAGUUCAACCCUUCUCUGUUAGGCUACUCCAGUGGCAAAGGAAGCCAGAGCACAUCUAAUGCCUACCUGAACCAGGCUGUGGCAGGAGCCCGUGCAGAAGGCCUCCUAUCUCAAGCUAGAAAGCUAAUAGACUUGAUGAAGACUGAUUCUAAAAUAAAUUUCCAAGAAGACUGGAAACUUGUAACAAUUUUCAUAGGAGGGAAUGACUUGUGUGACCAUUGCAAAGAUCCUGUACUUUAUUCCGCUGAAAAUUUUGUAAGCAAUAUACAGGCUGCUUUGGACAUACUCCAUAAAGAGGUUCCUCGUACGUUUGUGAACCUGGUCUCCAUCCUUCACAUAACAACUCUGAGGAAAUUGUAUCAAGACAAGAGAGUUUACUGCCCGAGACUCCUCAUGAGAUCUCUGUGUACCUGUGUUUUGAACCCCAAUGAUAACUCUACUGAAAUUGAGACGCUGGAGUUGUUUAACAAAAGGUAUCAGGAGGGAAUUCAUGGCUUAGUCGAGAGUGGAAGGUAUGACGUGAAGGAAGAUUUCACAGUGGUUGUGCAACCGUUUUUUGAAGAAGUGAGAAUGCCGGAGACUCCGGAAGGGUUGCCCGAUUCCUCCUAUUUUGCCCCAGAUUGCUUCCACUUCAGCCAGAAGGGUCAUUCCCAAGGUGCUCGGGCUCUGUGGAAUAACAUGCUAGAGCCCCUUGGGGAGAAGUCAAAACUGCAAGCGCUUGAAAUGAUGAUAACCCUCAAAUGUCCAGAUCAGGCCCAACCAUACUUAAUGACAUACCGAAACAGCAACUAUACCUACACCAGUGAGACCACUGCAGAUUAUGGGAGCCAGAUGCUGUGUGAAGAUAGAGCUCCAUCCAUCAACUUCCCUACUUCAGUGCAUAGCUUGAAACCAGCUGACGUGCAAGUAAUUGCUGCCCUGGGGGAUUCCUUGACUGCUGGUAAUGGCAUUGGAGCAAAACCAAAUGACCUGAUGGAUAUGAAUACGCAGUAUUGGGGGCUGGCUUGGAGCAUUGGAGGAGAUGCUUCAUUAAGGAAUGUAACAACUUUGCCCAAUAUCCUCCGUGAGUUCAAUGCUAACCUCACGGGAUAUUCGACUGGCACAGGAGACCUAAGAAAGCCAACUGCCUUUCUCAACCAAGCAGUUCCAAGAGCACCAGCUGAGAAAUUACCAGACCAAGUAAAGCACCUUGUGAAAUUAAUGAAAAACGACUCGAGAAUCAAUUUUGACACAGACUGGAAGGUCAUAACUGUAUUCAUUGGAGUCCAUGAUCUGUGCAACUAUUGCAAAGACAUGGAUCACUAUUCAGCUGUAAACUUUUCAAGCCGUGUUCAAAAAGCACUUGACCUUCUUCAUGCAGAGGUGCCGAAAGCUUUGGUGAAUCUUGUGAAUGCAAUGGACCUUCUUCCUCUGAGACAACUGUUUCUGGAUAGCAGAUUGCCCUGUCCUGCUCAUUUAGCAGUAGAGAAUUGUGAGUGUGUUCUCACCGUUCAAGAAGGCUCACCAGAGCUGGCGAGGAUGAAGGAAGCAGUCAAAGCUUAUCAGAGCAGUCUGCAAAGCCUAGUGGAGACUGGCAAGUAUGACACCCAAGAAGAUUUUACAGUAGUAUUGCAGCCUUUCCUCCAAAGCAUCGUACUUCCUCUUCUACAGGAUGGACGUCCAGACAUCUCUUUCUUUGCACCUGAUUGCUUUCAUCUGAGUCAAAAGUCACAUUCCCAGCUUUCUCGGGCCCUCUGGAACAAUAUGCUUCAACCUUUAGGGAAGAAAUCCAUUUCCUUCAACUUUACAGAUAAUGUAGCCCUGAGCUGCCCAACUCUGCACCAACCAUUCCUGGGAACCUACAAGAACAGCAAUGGUUCACAUUCGCCUCUGGAGCCCACACAGAAGCCAAGCCAGAGCUGGGGUAGUGAUCUGUCAUGCCCUAGACAGGCUGCAUCCAAAAAAGCCCCGACAUCAGUCCACAGGCUACAACCUUCUGACAUCAAAGUGAUAGCUGCCCUCGGUGAUUCUUUGACGGCUGCUGUAGGAGCCAAAUCAACUGGUUUGGAUGAUCUAACCACAGCUUGGAGGGGGAUUUCCUGGAGUGCUGGAGGUGAUGAAACCUUGGAGACUCACACAACCUUAUCUAAUAUUUUGAAAAAGUUUAAUCCAAACCUCUCUGGCUUCUCCACUGGCACCCAGAACGAAGCGGCUGGAUUCAACGUAGCAGUAGGAGGAGCCACCGCACAGAAUCUCCCAGCCCAAGCAAGAGGAUUGGUAGCACGAAUGAAAAACAGCCCAAGCAUCAACUAUCAGGAGGACUGGAAGCUAGUCACCAUUUUCAUUGGAGGCAAUGACCUUUGUAACUAUUGCUUAGACAAGGAGACCUAUUCAGUGGACAGAUAUGUUGAACACCUCCAGGACACCCUUGAUAUCCUUUACAAGGAGCUCCCUCGGGCUUUUGUCAACAUGGUGGAGAUAAUGGAACUCACUGGACUGCGUCAGAUAGAAAGGGAAGCAUCCGGAUGUGUUCUUUCAGGGGCGAGCCUUUGCCCGUGUUUUCUAAACCCCCAGGAAAACUCCCCUGAACUACAGGAAAUGAAAAGAAUUAACAGAGAUUUUCAGGAGAGAAGCGCAAAGAUGGUCAACAGCUAUGCGGAACGGGAGGAUUUUGCCGUUGUUGUGCAGCCGUUUUUCCGAAACACCAUCAUGCCACUAGACAGUGACGGGAAGCCAGACCUGAGUUUCUUUGCAGUGGAUUGCUUUCAUUUCUCGGAGAGAGGCCAUGCAGAGAUGGCCAUAGCACUCUGGAAUAAUAUGCUGGAGCCAGUUGAUCAUAAGCAGUCAUACAAUAACUUCACGUAUGAUCGGUCGAAACUCAAGUGCCCAACCUCGGAAAAUCCCUUUCUUUUCACCUCAAGCAACAGCAAAGUGCAGGGUUCAGGGAUCGACGCAGAGAACAAUGGAGGCAAGGUGCCCUACUGGGCUGCGAUUGUGGCGGCAACAGCUGGAAUCUUGGCAGGAGCUCUCAUUGCCUGGGUGAUCACCACUCACAGAGCCAGCAAACGCCCAUAUUCAGGAAACACAGCGACUGGAGAGAAAGUAACAACAUUUUGAAUUUGCACCUGCACCAAGGAGAUCUAACACAACAUCUACCUCCAGUAACAUGAGGAAAGCAGUAUGGGAGCUUAGCAGCAGCUUUUCACGUACUAUUUUUAAACCAAAAAAAUUUUUCCAUCUAAAAGUGGGAGAAGAAAUAUCAGCUCAGACAUCAUGGUAACUGUUUGCAGACCAGAGCUUGGAAGAUGAGAUACAUAGGGAGAGCUUAUUAAAGCAAGAACAUUCCAAAUAUAUUGGCCUUCCCUGAUUUUAAAUAGGAUAUUUGUUAUUGUAAUGGAAACGCCAAGAUAAAGAAUGCUUCUAUACGGUGAUUAAAUGGUCCGUGCAUUUUGCCUUCCCACUGAAGAUUCAUCCGCAAAUGUCAGGUUUGCUCUCUUAAUCCUGGCCUCUUAAAUGGCAUCUGGGAGCAUUUAGUGAAUACAAUAAUCAACAGUGUUACAAAUGAAGAGCUAUCAAUUCUUAGAGUUGAGCCAAAUAAAAGCCUUUCAAGAA